AUGGCAGCCGAAGCCGAGACCGAGCAUUCGCUGCAAGGAUCAGACAGCGAGAAAAAGGAAGCAUGGGAGGAAAUUGAGGCCCCUGUGAGCGCAGCUAGGGAUAGGGAGGGGGACAAUAGCGAGAAGCAAUACGAAGCAAUCCGCACAAAUACAAGGACUGGUUCACAACGACCUCAUCCGGCACCGUUACGACAAACCCGAAGCCGCUCGUCCGCCAGAUCACACAGAUCAUACGAUGGCUACACCGUCGACGACCGCGAUCAUGAUGGCACGAAUGAAGAAGAGAGCUCGAAAAACGAAUUCGAAGUCCAAUUCGAUGGCGACUCGGAUCCUAUGGACCCGAAGAACAGACCAGAGGCUAGGAAGUGGCUCGUCGUGUUCAUCGUGUCUGCCGGCUCCCUGUGCGUAACGUGUGCUUCGUCGUUGUACACGAGCACGUACGAUCAGAUGGAAGUGGAGUUUGGAGUCUCUCGCCUCGUUGCUACAAUCGGCUUGACGACAUACGUUGUUGGCUUGGGGUUGGGUCCCAUGUUUCUUUCGCCACUGAGCGAGUUCUACGGACGAAGAAACAUCUACAUUUGUGCCUUUGGCAUGUUCCUGAUAUGGCUGAUACCUUGCGCUGUUGCACCGAACAUCGCAACAAUGCUUGUGGCUCGAUUCUUUGAUGGCCUUGCAGGCUCCGCCUUUCUCAGUGUCGCGGGCGGAACGGUUGGCGACAUGUUUACCAAAGACAAGCUGUCGGCGCCCAUGAUGAUAUACACGGCGUCACCGUUUAUGGGACCUGAAGUGGGGCCCUUGAUUGGCGGCUUCAUAAACCAGUUCGCCGAUUGGCGUUGGUCAUUCUACGUCCUCAUCAUUUGGGCCGGGAUCCAAUGGAUCUUGAUCGUUGCCUUCGUUCCCGAAACAUACGCGCCUGUACUGUUGCGAAGGAAGGCCAUGAUGUUGCGGAAAGAGAAGAAUGAUGACCGCUGGAAAGCUCCCAUCGAGAUCAUGGAUCGUUCGAUCACCCAGACAGUACUCUGGUCUUGCAUUCGGCCGUUUCAGCUCCUCUGCUUCGAAACGAUGGUCCUUCUCCUAUGCCUGCUGUCGGCUAUACUGCUGGGUAUUCUUUACCUGUUCUUCGGCGCAUUCGCCCUUGUCUUCCAGAACAAUCAUGGGUUCAAUCAAUGGCAAACAGGUCUAUCCUUCCUAGGCAUCCUUGUGGGCAUGCUCAUUGGAGUCAGCUGCGAUCCGCUUUGGCGACGUAACUAUAUCAGGCUCGUUGACAAGAAUGACGGCAUAUCAGAGCCCGAAUUCCGCCUCCCCCCGACAAUCCUUGGUGCUGUACUUGUACCUGUAUCUUUAUUCGGGUUUGGAUGGACGACUUUUAGCCGUGUUCAUUGGAUUGCGCCAAUCAUCUUCAGCGGACUCUUCGGACUCGGGAACAUAUUCUGCUUCAGCGGAAUUUUUACCUUUCUCGUUGAGACGUACCCGCUGUAUGCUGCCAGCGCGCUUGCAGCCAAUUCGUUUGCCAGAUCGAGCUUUGCGGCCGCAUUCCCCCUGUUUGUACGCAAACCCCAGUACAACCAUAUGGGCUACCAAUGGGCCAGCUCGCUUCUCGCUUUCAUCGCAUUGGCAAUGGUUCCUUUCCCGUACCUGUUUUUCAAACACGGCAAGCAGCUACGUGCCAAGUCACGAUACGCGCAAUCCAAGUAG